AUGAAGUUGGUCAUAGAAGAAGCUGUUCCUCCUCUUAGGACCAGAGCACAGUCUCUCAAACGGACCCUAAAUUCUCUCCUGUUUUACCUCUGGGAUGUUUACUCCAAACCUGCUCCUUUGGGCAGAGAAAUCCUCAGUCUGCUGUCCCUCUGCUUUACGUUUGCUGUCGUCACCGGCAGUCUGCUGCACCAGUGGCUGUCAGAGACUCUGAAGUAUGAGCGCGCAGCAUCUGUUCAAACCACCUGCUUCUACAGCGUGUCGAUGCUCCUGGUCUCCUUCCUGUGCCACCCCCUCCGAUGUGUGCUGACAAUGAUCCUGCCCACCGUGUGCACCAAACAGGGACGCAAACUCCUCAUCUCGACUUCUUUCAUGGUUUUAGUGUUGAACGUCAUCCCGAACAUUACUGUGAACGUUGAGGCGGCUGUGCGCAUCCUGAARUGCACCGCCGAAGGCUUUACCAGGACUUUGUUAAACUCAACCGAACCCUUCAACGGGGCUAAGARAGACCUCAUUGAGGAAGCCAUCAAAGCCAGGAGGGACGACCUGAGCAUCGUCAGCCAUUUAAGACAUUUGGAUCAUUACACACACAUUGAUGUGUCAGAGGUCAAAAGCCUGUUUGGCCAUCUAAUYGGUCAGAUAGAGGCCAACUUCUCACACGCCAAGAACCUGCUGAAAGAAUACAAACUGUUGUCCAAUAGGAUCCUUGCAGCCAUUUUUGUUGCAUUGCUAAUUGUUGAAUCUGCACUUUACCUAAAAUCCUACCUGACWUCAGUUCAUUUUGAUAAUGGCUUCAUUUCUAAAGCUCUCCGACAGAAAACUUCUGAAGAUGGUAAAAAAAUCAGCGUCCCAAUCUGCAAAAUAACAAGUCAGGAGUGCGCUUCUUGUUUCAUAACACUGGUUGUGGUCACAAUAUACUUCCUAGUAAUAACUUUAAUCAUAGUUUUGGAUCACAUUGUUUAUUAUAUAGUUCAGAUGAUUGUACCCUGGGRCGGCAMGCAGUUCCCAUGUAUUAGCGUUUCCUCCUCGUGUUUUGAAGCUUUCAYGAGUUUAUUCUUGUGUUUUUCACUGCAGGUUAAGUGGUUCUCUCCUGCGUCGUGUAUCUUCUCUCAAGCGUGCAUCACACGGGAGMUGACAAACUUCCACAGGGAUUACAGCUGGACCUUUAACCCCGAGCCAUCACUCUGCAACGUAACGACGUCGGCUCCAAACCGGGGAUUCGCGGUCCUGCUGGGAUGCCUCUGGCUGAUGAGCUACAGUCUGGUGUUCCUGGAGGUUUACGCCAGACGGCUUCGCAGAAAAAUCUGUGCUUCGUUUUUCAGGGAACAAGAAGAAAGGAGAAGGGCACAUCUGACAAGGAAAACACUGGAGAAGCAGAAGAAAAAGAACAAUCAGAAGACUAUUACCGUGAAUAUUUGUGAAUAAGGGUUCAAUUUCACUUAAUUUUUAAGUGAUUACUGUGAAAUUUUAAUAGUGCUGCACAAGUGAACUUACAAACUGUAAUAACUGUUUAUCUGAUUUAUUAAA